CUGGCGAAUACAACCCUGCGAGCACGCCACAUUGUGACUGCUGCUGUCAAAUUGACAUUUGCGCGCUGCACAUCUCUUUCGCUCUUUCUUCUUCGAGUGUUCGCCAUACAAGAUGACGAAGGGUACCUCGAGCUUUGGUAAACGCCACAAUAAGACGCACACUUUGUGCCGUCGCUGUGGACGUUCCUCCUACCACAUCCAGAAGUCCACUUGCGCUCAGUGCGGUUAUCCAGCUGCCAAGUUGCGUUCGUACAACUGGUCCGUUAAGGCCAAGAGGAGGAAGACCACUGGCACUGGCCGCAUGAGCCACUUGAAGGUGGUGCGCCGCCGUUUCCGCAACGGAUUCCGCGAGGGAACCCAGGCCAAGCCCAAGAAGGCCCAGACCGGCAAAUAAACUUCAACCAACUCCAUGGAAAUAAUUGAAAACAUCUUGUGCAGAGCCACAACAGCAAAAACCAACCGCCUAAACAUGUGUGUUUUGCCAGGAGCGAAAUAAAUUUACUUUUUUUUGAUUAA